AUGUUGCCAAGUUGCUCUUGGCCCAUUUGAAUGUUAGCUUACUUAGUAGUAGUAAUACUAGGCUUGUGAAGUGCAGGCUUGUAACAGCCACACAGUACACGGAAGCUAGCAAUGGAUUAAAUACUUUACAGUUGACUUAUUGCACAUUGAGCUGAGCCUGCUUUGCUUUAAUUUUGAAAUCCUAACCGAGAGAGAUUAUGCAGCGAUACUACCCUCUUCCACAUAGCCUGUCAGUCUAGGUAUCAGCGUAGUUAACAUCAUUGAAUGGCAAAGCAACUGCAACUAUGCUAAACGGACGGCUGUACGCACGGUUAUCUGCCAUUCCUGGAGAUUUUCGUAAUAUACACACUGACCAUAUAACCCCGAUGGUGAGUCGAAAUAACAAACAGCAACAGGCAUUUCUAGACUUUAUAUCAAACUCGAAUCAAGUCUGAGUGAAUCUGACGUCAAAAUAAAGUUUAAGAUGGAGUCAAAUCUGAGUAAAGAUGGUGAAUCAGAAUUUAAAAAGAAACUCUCAAUUCAAUGUGCAGAUUCUAUUCUAAACGAUGAAGACUCACAUAAACAGGGUGAAAAUUCACCUCAACAAUAUGAAAACUCACUUAAAAGUGAUGAAAAGUCACUUCUAUGUAGGAGAAAUUCACCUCAGUUAAGCAACCAUUCAAGUAAUGAGCACAUGAUGGAUGAUGAUAACAAUGAAAAACACAACACUUGUAAUGAUGAUGGAACUGAUGAUAUGAUUGCGAAUUUAGAACCUCUUGUCCAGGAUAAUGGAAUUACACAAAAUAAGCAGUGGCUCCAGCUAAGCAUCAUUGGCAAUAUUAUCCACAGGUAUUACAACUCUAGCAUUCCUGGUACAGGGCACCAGCAACAAAUGGCUAUUGAUUGGUUGAGCAUGGUUUUUAUGCUGGCCUACGUCAUUCUAGUAUUCCCAGCUGCAUGGUUGUUAAGUCACAAGGGUAUUCGGGUGACAGUUGUUCUUGGGGCGGCCAUCAAUAUGUUAGGAGCCUGGAUCAAAUGUGCCAGUGUUGAUAGGGGACGCUUUUGGACGCUGAUGCUGGCCCAGACAGUGACCUCAACUGCUGGGGCGUUGAUUCUUGGGGUACCCUCCAGGAUCGCUGCUGUAUGGUUCGGUCCGAAUGAAGUGUCUACAGCGACAUCUUUAGGUGUCUUUGGUAGUCAGCUCGGAGAUGCGAGUGGAUUUCUCAUUCCGCCAAUGGUUGUUAAGAAUGAUGAAAACAUCAAUGUAGUUGGGGACUAUCUACGUCACAUGUUCUGGGGCACAGCGGCGGUGACAUCAUUAGUUUUUCUACUUGUCAUUAUAGUUUACCGCGCUUCCCCACCCCAUCCACCUAGUCAGGCAAGGGCACAUGUAGUAGCUUCAGACAACCAAUCUACCCACAUACAAUCCAUAGUGAAGAUGCUAAAACAUCCAGGGUUUGUUCUCCUCAUGAUAGCUUAUGGUAUAAAUACAGGCUGUUACGUUGCCAUAGCAACAUUGCUUAAUCCAAUAAUUAUAGGACAGUUUGAGGGUGAGGAGGUGAAUGCUGGGAGAAUUGGUCUCACUAUAGUCCUGUCUGGACUUAUAGGCUCUAUCGUUGCUGGGGUUUGGUUAGAUAAAACUAAAAUAUACAAGUGGACCACAGUUGGUAUUAACUUUCUCUCUAUGAUUAGUAUGAUCGUAUUUACAGUGGUGCUUCUCUACUCUGGGAGAAUAUGGGCAGUCUUCAUGGCAGCUUUCUUAUUGGGAUUCUUUAUGACUGGCUAUAUACCAGUAGGGUACGAGUUUGCAGUUGAGAUCACUUAUCCAGAACCAGAGGGUACAUCUGCAGGCAUUCUCAACUUUUCAGCACAGAUAUUUGGUGUAUUAUUGACGCUGUUAAUGAGUGCUUUGAUGACAAAAGUGAGCACAUUGGUUGCAUGUUUGACCCUGGCUAGUGCCUUACUGGUUGGAACCAUCCUAACAUUAUUAAUACAAUCAGAGCUGAAGCGACAGAAGGUGGAACAGAUCUACAAAGAUACAGGCGAACUUGAGAAUUUGAAUCUAAACACACAUCACCAUCCCACAAUUCAUGAAUCUCAUGCAUAGAAAUAAUGGGAAUAUCGUACAACGAUGACAAGAACGACAACGAUGACAGUCAUUCAUCAUCGUUUAUGCCUAUAUAACUAAUGGUCUGUUUUCAUCACCUAAGAGAACUAGCAAAGUUCAAGAUUUGGAAAACUGUGUAAUAUUAAAUGAUUAAGAUCUUAGAAAAUCAAAUGCUUUUCCACUUCUCUCAAGUAUUAACAAGGACAUAAACGAUAUUGACAUUUUAUUGACGGGACGUUCAACUGACUCGACUAACAUGUUGGAAUAUAAAUCAUCCUAAUACUCAUAGCAUCUUUCUAUCUCACCAGAAAUGUCCCGGGGCUGGGAAGAAAUGAGAUGUCCUGGUUUAUCAUGAUGAAUAUUAAUAUGAUAUAAUUUACCUUGAUAUUUGAAACUUCUGUCUCCCAUUCCAAACAAAAAAUGAAAAUUAAUUAAUGUUCAAUAAAUCAACCUCAAAAAUUACGGGCUGAUAAAUUAAAAUUAAUAGGUUAAUCUGGUAGCAGACAGUCGAAAGUUUCAUUCUUGAAUACAGACUAAAAAAGUCAGUACGUCAUUCACCUGUGUGUACACUCCCCUCCAUAAGUU